AUGGCAGAGAGGCCAGAGGACCUAAAUCUGCCCAACGCCGUCAUCACCAGGAUUAUCAAGGAGGCGCUCCCGGACGGCGUCAAUAUCUCCAAGGAGGCCCGGAGCGCCAUCUCCCGCGCUGCCAGCGUCUUCGUGCUAUAUGCCACGUCCUGUGCCAACAACUUUGCAAUGAAAGGGAAGCGCAAGACGCUGAAUGCCAGUGAUGUGCUCUCAGCCAUGGAGGAAAUGGAGUUCCAGCGGUUCAUUACUCCACUGAAAGAGGCUUUGGAAGCAUACAGGCGAGAACAGAAAGGCAAGAAAGAAGCUUCAGAGCAAAAGAAGAAGGACAAAGACAAAAAAAACGAUUCAGAAGAACAAGACAAGAGCAGGGAUGAGGACAACGAUGAAGAUGAGGACAAGCUGGAAGAAGAAGAACAGAAUGAGGAGGAGGAGGUGGACAACUGA